CCUCUAGAUUUUGAGGCAAGUUUCGCUGAUUAGAAUAAAACGCCAAUAAACUGAAAUGGUAUACUCCAGCGGAUGCGACCAACGGGCCCGAAAUCUACCGCUGAUUAUUAUAAUUCUAGCAGCCUGGGAGGCAGGGAGCGGCCAGCUCCACUACUCCGUCCCCGAGGAGGCCAAACACGGCACCUUCGUGGGCCGCAUCGCGCAGGACCUGGGGCUGGAGCUGGAGGAGCUGGUGCCGCGCCUGUUCCGGGUGGCGUCCAAAAGCCGCGCGGACCUCCUGGAGGUAAAUCUGCAGAAUGGCGUUUUGUUUGUGAAUUCUCGGAUCGACCGGGAGGAGCUGUGCGGGCGGAGCGCGGAGUGCGGCAUCCACCUGGAGGUGAUCGUGGACAGGCCGCUGCAGGUUUUCCAUGUGGAGGUGGAGGUGAAGGACGUUAACGACAACCCGCCUGCGUUCCCCGCGACACAAAAGAGUCUGUUUAUCGCGGAAUCCAGGCCGCUUCACUCUCGGUUUCCACUAGAGGGCGCCUCCGAUGCAGAUAGCGGCGAGAACGCUCUGCUGACUUACAGACUGAGCCCCAAUGAGUACUUCACUCUGGACGUGCCAACCAACCACGAGCAGGUAAAACCUCUUGGACUUGUGUUAGGGAAACCUUUGGACAGGGAAGAAGCUCCGGAGCUGCAUUUAUUGCUCACGGCCACCGAUGGAGGCAAGCCCGAGCUGACUGGCACUGUUGAGGUACUCGUCACAGUGCUGGACGCCAAUGACAAUGCCCCAGUUUUUGACAGAACGCUCUAUACGGUGAAGUUACCAGAAAAUGUCUCUAUUGGAACGCAGGUGAUUAACCCCAAUGCCUCCGAUUUAGACGAAGGCUUGAAUGGGGAUAUUAUUUACUCAUUCUCUAGUGAUGUUUCUCCAGAAAUAAAAUCCAAGUUCCACAUUGACGCCCUAAGCGGGGAAAUUACAGUGAUAGGACUUAUUGAUUUUGAAGAAAGGAAAGCUCACAAAAUUCUAGUAGAGGCUAUCGACAAAGGCUUUCCACCACUGGCUGGUCAUUGUACAGUUCUUGUGGAAGUUGUGGACGCUAAUGACAAUGCUCCACAACUGAUUAUCACUUCCCUGUCUCUCCCUAUCUCAGAGGAUGCUCAGCCAGGCAGAGUAAUCACCUUGCUUAGUGUGUCCGACCUCGACUCAGAUGCUAAUGGGUUGGUGACCUGCUCCCUGACGCCCCACGUCCCUUUCAAACUGGUGUCCACCUUCAAGAAUUACUAUUCGUUGGUUUUAGAUAGUGCUCUGGACCGCGAGAGCGUGUCGCUCUAUAACGUGGUGGUGACAGCGCGGGACGGGGGCUCGCCUUCGCUGUGGGCCACCGCCAGCGUGUCCGUGGAGGUGGCCGACGUGAACGACAACGCGCCGGCGUUCGCGCAGCCCGAGUACACGGUGUUCGUGAAGGAGAACAACCCUCCCGGCUGCCACAUCUUCACGGUGUCGGCGCGGGACGCGGACGCGCAGGAGAACGCGCUGGUGUCCUACUCGCUGGUGGAGCGGCGGGUGGGCGAGCGUGCGCUGUCGAGCUACGUGUCGGUGCACGCGGAGAGCGGCAAGGUGUACGCGCUGCAGCCGCUGGACCACGAGGAGCUGGAGCUGCUGCAGUUCCAGGUGAGCGCGCGCGACGCUGGCGUGCCGCCGCUGGGCAGCAACGUGACGCUGCAGGUGUUCGUGCUGGACGAGAACGACAACGUGCCCGAGCUGCUGGCCUCUCGGGCUGGAGGCUCUGGCGGUGCUGUGAGCGAGCUGGUGCCGCGGUCGGUGGGCGCGGGCCACGUGGUGACGAAGGUGCGCGCGGUGGACGCCGACUCAGGCUACAACGCGUGGCUGUCGUACGAGCUGCAGCCGGCGGCAGGCGGUGCGCGCAGCCCGUUCCGCGUGGGGCUGUACACGGGCGAGAUCAGCACGACGCGCGCCCUGGACGAGGCGGACGCUCCGCUUCAGCGCCUGCUGGUGCUGGUGAAGGACCACGGCGAGCCGGCGCUGACGGCCACGGCCACCGUGCUGGUGUCGCUGGUGGAGAGCGGCCAGGCGCCGAAAGCCUCUCGGGCGUUGGCGGGCGCCCGGGGUCCAGAGGCGGCGCUGGUGGAUGUCAACGUGUAUCUGAUCGUCGCCAUCUGCGCCGUGUCCAGCCUGUUGGUGCUGACGUUGCUGCUGUACACGAGGCUGCGGUGCUCGGCACCGCUCACAGAGAGCGCGAGUGGACAGGCGAAGGCCACGCUGGUGUGCUCCAGCGCGGUGGGGAGCUGGUCGUACUCGCAGCAGAGGCGGCAGAGGGUCUGCUCUGGGGAGGAGCCACCUAGGAGGGACCUCAUGGCCUUCAGCCCCAGUCUCCCUCAGGGUCCUAGCUCUACAGAAAACGUGAGUCUUAAAAUAAUCUUGUUUCCAACAAGUCUAAAAAUAAAUAUUUAA